AGCGACCUAGCCACUACUUGUUCGCAGAUCGGCUGCUAUGUUGCUGGCUUCGCUUGUGGGUUGCUAAGCAGCCAUCUUGCCUUUUCUUUACAUGCGUCUUUCCUUCCGCCGGAGAGUGACUCAGUGUGUCCGGAAAAGGCCGAGCAAAGGAAGGAGAGAAGGAGCGCAACACGAAAAGCGCCGAUGUUUGUUAACUGCCUCCACACCCCCUCCCUCUUCAAAAUGGUUGCCGUGUCUUUUUCGGCUAGUGCUACUUCGCUCGGAGAGUGACUCCGACUGAUUCGGGCAGAGACCUUUUCACUUUCACGCUGCUUUCGCCUGGAUACUUUGCAAACAAAUCCAAUUUGGAUAUUUACUUCCCCUCUGCCUGACUACCUCCACCUCUCGUUUCUGCUCUCAUCAUCCAUCAGACAGGCCUGUUUUCAAAACCAGCAGCUUUCAGCACUCGUCCAAUCCCUCAACGAUUUCCAAUGGUUCGGACAGACUUUUUUAAAUGAACAAUGUGUGAAAACUGCGCCGAGCUAGUGGAGGUGCUAAAUGAAGUCUCGGAAGCAGAUACAAGUGAUGGAUUACAGCUAAAAAAGGAACAAGCUCUUAGGAUAUUUUGUUACAUUAAUUCUUGGAACCAGCGACAAUGUCUUUGUUGCUUCAAGGAAUAUAAGCACCUAGAAGUCUUCAACCAUGUUGUUUAUGCACUCAUAAACCUGGUAAUACAACAAAUUCAGGCUCUACGAAGUCAGCUUUGUAAAUCCUUUGCUGAUAAUGUCGAGUCGGGAUGGACAGAUGUAAGUCAUCAAAAUGAUGAACCUAUUAAUGUUGAAAGAGAUUCCAAUGAUGACGAAGUAGAACUGGAUGGCAAGGAUACAGUGGAGAGCAACCCAGACAGUUUCAAAUCUUGCAAAAAAACUGAUGAUACUUGUGAUAAUAACCCAGAUUCUUUCACUUCAUGGAGUACUGAGGAGAAGGAGAAGCUUCUGCUGUGUGUAGCAAAGAUAUUUCAGAUCCAGUUUCCUUUAUACACUGCUUACAAGCAUAAUACUCAUCCAACUAUCGAGGAUAUAUCUGCUCAAGAAAGCAAUAUUUUGGGAUCAUUUUGUGACAUGAAUGAUGUAGAGGUACCAUUACACUUACUUCGAUAUGUUUGCCUCUUUUGUGGCAAACAUGGCCUGUCUCUCAUGAAGGAUUGCUUUGAAUCAGGGACCCCUGAAACCCUGCCAUUCCCAAUAGCACAUGCUUUCAUAACAGUUGUUUCAAAUAUACGAAUAUGGCUGCAUAUUCCUGCAGUCAUGCAACAUAUUAUACCCUUUCGGACAUAUGUAAUAAGAUAUCUGUGUAAGCUGUCUGACCAGGAGCUGAGACAAAGUGCUGCACGCAACAUGGCUGACUUAAUGUGGAGUACUGUGAAAGAGCCUUUGGAUAGUGCUUUAUGUUUUGAUAGAGAGAGCCUAGAUCUGGCCUUUAAGUACUUCAUGUCUCCAACCCUUACAAUGAGAUUGGCUGGUCUUAGCCAGAUAACUAAUCAGCUUCACACUUUCAAUGAUGUAUGUAACAAUGAAUCUCUUGUGUCUGACACAGAAACUUCAAUAGCAAAGGAGCUUGCUGAUUGGCUCAUCAAUAAUAAUGUUGUUGAGCAUAUUUUUGGACCAAAUUUGCACAUUGAGAUCAUUAAACAGUGCCAAGUAAUUUUAAACUUUCUUGCUGCUGAAGGGAGGCUUAGCACUCAACAUGUUGAUUGCAUUUGGGCUGCCGCACAGUUGAAACACUGUAGUAGAUAUAUCCAUGAUUUGUUUCCUUCUUUGAUUAAAAAUUUGGAUCCAGUGCCACUCCGUCAUCUUCUUAAUCUUGUAUCAUCACUUCAUCCAAGUGUCCACACUGAGCAGACUUUGUACUUGGCUUCAAUGCUUAUUAAAGCCCUUUGGAAUAAUGCCUUGGCUGCCAAAGCUCAGUUAUCAAAGCAGAGCUCCUUUGCUUCUCUUUUGAAUACAAAUUUGCCCAUGGGAAAUAAAAAAGGAUCCCCUGCUGGAAGCCCAGAGAGCAGUGAUAACAGUGAUACGCAUCACAGCGGAGGUAGUGAUAUUGAAAUGGAGGAACAAAUUCUAAACAGGACAAAACGCGCACAGCAACGUCUUUCUGAUACUGAGGAAUCUAUGCAGGGCAGUUCAGAUGAAACUGCUAAUAGUGGGGAGGAUGCCAGCAGUGGUCCAGGUAGUAGCAGUGGACACAGUGAUGGCUCAAGCAAUGAAGUUAACUCAAGCCAUGCAAGCCAGUCAGCUGGCAGCCCAGGGAGUGAAGUUCAUUCUGAUGACAUGGCCGACAGUGAGAUUCUUAAAGAAGAGGAAGAGGAAGAAGAGGAGGAGGUAGAGAGGGACUGUAAUUCUCCAAAAGAGGCCAGAGACUCUGAACUUAGAAAGAGAAAAUCUGAAUCACACACAGGUGCGAGUCUGAGAGAGUCCCAGGUAUCUGAAGAGCGGUCAACUUCAGUUACCGAAACUGGAAAGGAUCUUCCUUUCAGUGCUGAGACUGUGUCUUCUGUGGACAAUCGUUUAAGAAUGUUGGAAUCAUGUUCUUCACAUCCUGAUGAACAAGAGCAUGAUAUUGCAAAUGAACUUAGUGGUUCUAGAAUAUCCCAAGGGCCUCAGGACCCAUGUAUAUCUCGAAGUGGAGAUUUUCUUGGGGAUCCAAUAAGCAAUGAGUUGUUCAGCUGUAGAAGGUUUAUUGGACCUCAGCAUCACCAUCAUCAUCACCACCAUCAUGAUGGGCAUAUAGUUGAUGACAUGCUCAGUGCGGAUGAUGUAAGUUGCAGUAGUUCUCAAGUAAGUGCGAAGUCUGAAAAGAAUAUGGCAGAUUUUGACGGAGAAGAAUCUGGCUGUGAGGAGGAACUGGUACAGAUAAAUUCUCAUGCAGAGCUCACAUCACACCUCCAGCAGCACUUACCUAAUUUAGCGUCAAUCUACCAUGAGCAUUUAAAUCAAGGACCUACAGUUCACAAACAUCAGUUCACAAGCAAUGCUGUCACGGAUAUCAAUCUGGAUAAUGUUUGCAAAAAGGGGAAUACACUUCUCUGGGACCUUGUUCAGGAUGAAGAUGCGGUCCAUUUAUCUGAAGGUUUGAUCAAUGAAGCUGAAAAGCUCCUGUGCUCAUUAGUUUGCUGGUUCACAGACAGACAAAUUCGAAUGAGAUUCAUUGAAGGUUGUUUAGAAAAUUUAGCCAACCACAGGUCUGUUGUUGUUUCUCUUCGACUACUUCCUAAACUGUUUGGAACAUUUCAGCAAUUUGGAAGUAGUUAUGAUACUCAUUGGAUUACUAUGUGGGCUGAGAAGGAGCUACAUAUGAUGAAGCUGUUUUUUGAAAAUCUUUUACACUACAUUCAAGAAGCAAGGGAGGGGCGACAUAAAUUUGCAUUGUAUAGUCAUAGUGCAGAAGUUCAAGUAAGACUGCAGUUCCUGACUUGUGUUUUUUCCACACUUGGCUCUCCGGACCACUUCAGACUUAGCUUAGAACAGGUAGAUAUUUUGUGGCACUGCUUAGUAGAAGAUUCUGAGUGCUAUGAUGAUGCUUUGCACUGGUUUUUGAACCAAGUUCGCAGUAAAGACCAACAUGCAAUGGGAAUGGAAACUUAUAAACACCUUUUCUUAGAAAAAAUGCCUCAGUUGAAGCCAGAGUCUAUAAGCAUGACUGGUUUAAAUUUGUUCCAGCAUUUAUGCAAUUUGGCUCGCAUAGCAACAAGUACUUAUGACAGUGGUUCAAACUGUGAGCUAUGUGGUAUGGAUCAGUUGUGGGGAAUUGCUCUGAGAGCUCAAUCAGCUGAUGUUAGUCGAGCAGCUAUCCAGUACAUCAACUCCUAUUAUAUUAAUGGAAAAACUGGUCUUGAGAAGGAGCAAGAAUUUAUCAGUAGAUGCAUGGAGAGCCUGAUGAUGGCAUCUGGAAAUUUGGAAAAAGAUGCUCACUCCAGCCUUACAAUUAUAGAGAGGGGGCUGUUAAUGUUGAAAACUCAUCUAGAAGCUUUUAGAAGACGGUUUGCUUAUCACCUGCGCCAGUGGCAAAUUGAGGGGACAGGAAUAAGCAGCCACUUGAAAGCACUCAGUGACAAACAGUCUUUGCCUCUGAGAAUUGUUUGCCAACCAGCUGGUCUGCCUGACAAGAUGACAAUAGAGAUGUAUCCAAGUGAUCAAGUAGCUGACCUAAGAGCAGAAGUUACUCAUUGGUAUGAAAACCUUCAGAAAGAGCAAAUGAAUCAGCAAGCUCAACUUCAAGAAUUUGGGCAGAGUAGCCGACAAGGAGACUUUCCUGGUGGACUAAUGGGACCUGUUCGAAUGAUCUCUUCUGGUCAUGAGCUAACUACUGAUUAUGAUGAAAAAACUUUGCAUGAAUUGGGGUUUAAAGACAUGCAGAUGGUGUUUGUUUCCUUGGGUGCUCCUAGAAGAGAGCGUAAAGGUGAAGGUGUACAACUUCCAGCUUCCUGCCUUCCUCCUCCUCAAAAAGAUAAUAUUCCAAUGCUAUUACUGCUGCAAGAGCCUCAUCUCACCACAUUAUUUGACCUGCUUGAGAUGCUUGCAUCAUUUAAACCACCGUCUGGAGAAAGAUCUCUAGAGGAUGCUGAGAGUGCCAGAUGCGAGGAACUGCAUCUCCAUGCUGAAAACUUGUCUAGACGUGUUUGGGAACUGCUUAUGCUUCUUCCUACAUGUCCAAAUAUGUUGCAAGCAUUUCAAACUAUCUCUGAAGAACCGGUUAAUGAUGGGCCCUACUGGAAAGAUCUUCUGAGAAUAAAGAGUCCUCAUAAGCUGCUAUAUGCACUCGAAAUCAUUGAAGCUUUGGGUAAACCUAAUCGAAGAAUAAGAAGGGAAUCAACGGGAAGUUAUAGUGACCUAUACCCAGAUUCUGAUGACUCCAGUGAAGAUCAAAUAGAGAACAGCAAAAACUCAUGGAGCUGCAAGUUUGUGUCAUCUGGAGGUUUACAACUGCUAUUGGAAAUAUUUAAUUCUGCAAUUCUUGAGCCUAAAAAUGAGGAAUCCUGGACAGUGUGGCUGUUAGACUGCCUCGCCUGCCUUUUGAAGCUUAUAUGUCAGUUUGCUGUGGACCCAACUGAUCUGGACUUGGCCUAUCACGAUGUAUUUGCGUGGUCAGGUGUAACAGAAAAUCACCGCAAAAGACCAUGGCCUGCAAAAUCUAGAAAGGGGUCUGGAGAACAUGGGAAGGGCCUUCAUAUACCUAGACUAACAGAGGUCUUUCUUACUCUUGUUCAGGGAACCAGCAUAAUAAAUCAUUUAAUUAGAGUUGCCUAUACUUAUGACAAUCUAGCUCACAGGGUUUUAAAAGCUCAGUCUGAUCACAAGUCUCGUCAUGAAGUUACUCAUUAUUCAAUGUGGUUACUUGUGAGCUGGUCCCAUUGCAGCUCGGUUGUAAAAUCCAGUUUGGCCGACAAUGAACACCUGCACGACUGGUUAAAAAAGCUUGCUCUUCUUGUCCCAGAGACUGCUGUGAGACAUGAAGCUUGCAAUGGACUGUACAAGUUGUCGCUUUCUGGGUUAGAGGGAGGAGAAUCAAUUAAUCGAUCUUUUUUGCUGCUUGCUGCUUCAACACUUUUAAAGUUUCUACCCGAUGCUCAAGCUUUAAAACCUUUCAGGACAGAAGAUUAUGAAGAGGAACCAGUACUCCACACUGGAUGUAAAGAAUAUUUCUGGUUGCUAUGUAAACUCAUUGAUAAUAUUCAUGUUAAAGAUGCUACUCAGACAACAUUACUUGAUUUAGAUGCUUUGGCAAGACAUCUUGCAGACUGCAUUCGAAGCAGGGAGAUUCUGGAUCAGCAAGAUGGGAAUAUUGAAGAUGACGGACUGACGGGUUUGUUAAGACUGGCUACUAGUGUUGUGAAGCAUAAGCCUCCUUUUAAAUUCUCACGUGAAGGGCAGGAAUUCUUAAGAGAUGUUUACAACUUGUUGUUUAUGCUACCAAGCCUUAAAGAUAGACAGCAACCAAAAUGCAAGUCGCACUCUGCAAGAGCAGCAGCUUAUGAUCUACUAGUAGAAUUGGUGAAAGGCUCUGUGGAAAACUACAGGCUCUUACACAACUGGGUUAUGUCACAGCACAUGCAAUCAUCCCAUGCACCUUAUAAAUGGGACUAUUGGCCUCAUGAUGAUGUGAGAGCUGAGUGCAGAUUUGUUGGUUUGACAAAUUUAGGAGCCACCUGUUAUCUAGCUUCUACUAUCCAGCAAUUAUACAUGAUACCUGAAGCAAGGCAAGCUGUUUUCACUGCUAAGUAUGCAGAAGACAUCAAGCAUAAGACAACCCUUUUGGAGUUGCAGAAAAUGUUUACAUAUCUUAUGGAAAGUGAGCGAAAAGCAUACCAUCCCAGGCCAUUUUGCAAAACCUAUACAAUGGAUAAACAGCCUCUUAACACUGGGGAGCAGAAGGAUAUGACAGAAUUUUUUACCGAUUUAAUUACGAAGAUUGAGGAAAUGUCACCUGAGCUGAAAAAUACAGUGAAAAAUUUAUUCGGUGGGGUUAUUACCAAUAAUGUUGUAUCACUGGACUGUGAACAUGUUAGUCAGACAGCUGAAGAAUUUUACACUGUGAGAUGCCAGGUUGCUGAUAUGAAAAAUAUUUAUGAGUCUCUAGAUGAGGUUACCAUCAAAGAUACAUUGGAAGGAGAUAAUAUGUAUACCUGCUCACAAUGUGGAAAGAAAGUUCGUGCAGAAAAGAGGGCAUGUUUUAAAAAACUUCCACGGAUUCUGAGUUUUAACACAAUGCGAUACACUUUCAACAUGGUCACGAUGAUGAAAGAGAAAGUAAACACUCAUUUUUCUUUUCCCAUACGCCUGGAUAUGACUUCUUAUACGGAAGAUUUUCUUAUGGGAAAGAGUGACCGGAAAGAUGGCUUCCGAGAAGAUGGUGACCCUAAGGUAGCAGAAAGUUAUGAGUAUGACCUGAUUGGUGUUACAGUCCAUACCGGAACAGCAGAUGGAGGCCAUUAUUACAGCUUCAUAAGAGAUAUAGUUAAUCCACAUGCUUACAAAAAUAAUAAAUGGUAUCUUUUUAAUGAUGCUGAAGUUAAACCAUUUGAUUCUGCACAACUUGCUUCUGAGUGCUUUGGUGGUGAAAUGACAACAAAGACCUAUGAUUCUGUAACUGAUAAAUUUAUGGAUUUCUCAUUUGAAAAGACCCACAGUGCCUAUAUGCUGUUUUAUAAACGAGUUGAACCAUUGGAUGAAACUGGAAAAGACUAUAAAUUUGAUGUUUCUCCUGAGUUGCUAGAGUGGAUCUGGCAUGACAACAUGCAGUUUCUUCAGGAUAAGAACAUUUUUGAGCACACCUAUUUUGGGUUUAUGUGGCAGCUGUGCAGCAGUAUUCCAAGUACACUACCAGAUCCAAAAGCAAUAUCCUUAAUGACGGCAAAGCUAAGUACAUCAUUUGUCCUAGAGACAUUUAUUCAUUCAAAAGAAAAGCCCACCAUGCUUCAGUGGAUUGAACUCCUAACAAAGCAAUUUAAUAACAGUCAAUCAGCUUGUGAGUGGUUUUUGGACCGUAUGGCAGAUGAUGAUUGGUGGCCAAUGCAAAUAUUAAUCAAAUGUCCCAAUCAGAUUGUGAGACAGAUGUUCCAACGUCUUUGUAUUCAUGUCAUACAAAGACUAAGGCCCGUGCAUGCUCAUCUGUAUUUACAGCCUGGAAUGGAGGAUGGGUCUGAUGAUAUGGAUGGUCCUGUGGAAGAUAUAGGUAGUCGUUCUUGCGUAACUCGCUUUGUGAAAACCCUGCUCUCUAUUAUGGAACAUGGAGUGAAACCACAUAGCAAACACCUCACAGAGUACUUUGCAUUUCUUUAUGAAUUUGCCAAAAUGGGGGAAGAGGAGAGCCAGUUUCUGCUUUCAUUACAAGCAAUUUCAAUAAUGGUUCAUUUCUAUAUGGGAACAAAAGGACCUGAAAAUCCUCAGGUAGAGGUUUUAUCAGAAGAAGAAGGUGAAGAGGAGGAGGAGGAGGAAGACAUCCUUUCAUUAGCAGAAGAAAAAUAUAGACCAGCAGCACUUGAGAAGAUGAUUGCUCUUAUUGCACUUCUUGUUGAGCAGUCUCGCUCAGAGAGACACUUAACUUUAUCCCAGAAUGAUAUGGCAGCUUUGACUGGUGGAAAGGGUUUUCCAUUUUUAUUUCAACAUAUACGGGAUGGUAUCAAUAUUCGACAAACGUGCAAUCUGAUUUUUAGCCUUUGUCGAUAUAAUAAUAGACUGGCAGAACAUAUUGUCUCCAUGCUCUUUACAUCGAUUGCAAAACUGACCCCUGAGGCUGCAAAUCCAUUUUUUAAGCUACUCACCAUGUUGAUGGAGUUUGCUGGAGGACCCCCUGGAAUGCCUUCAUUUGCAACUUACAUUCUUCAGAGGAUCUGGGAGGUUAUUGAGUACAAUCCUUCCCAGUGUUUGGAUUGGUUAGCUGUUCAAACUCCCCGUAACAAGCUAGCUCAUAGCUGGGUACUGCAAAACAUGGAAAACUGGGUUGAAAGAUUUUUACUGGCUCACAAUUAUCCUAGAGUGCGAACCUCUGCUGCUUAUCUUCUGGUAUCUCUGAUUCCUAGCAACUCCUUCCGUCAGAUGUUCAGGUCCACACGUUCAUUGCACAUCCCUACUCGUGACCUUCCUCUGAGUCCUGACACUACUGUGGUUCUUCAUCAAGUUUACAAUGUUCUACUUGGUCUGUUAUCAAGAGCAAAGUUGUAUGUUGAUGCUGCUGUUCAUGGUACCACCAAACUUAUGCAAUACUUCAGUUUUAUGACAUACUGUUUGAUCUCUAAAACAGAGAAACUAAUGUUUUCAAGCUGCUUCAUGGACUUAUGGAAUCUUUUCCAGCCUAAACUUUCUGAACCAGCAAUUGCCACUAAUCACAACAAACAGGCAUUGCUGUCCUUCUGGUAUAAUGUGUGUGUGGAUUGUCCAGAGAAUGUACGGUUAAUUGUGCAAAACCCAGUUGUUACUAAAAACAUUGCUUUUAAUUAUAUCCUGGCUGAUCAUGAUGACCAGGAUGUGGUGCUUUUUAACCGUGGAAUGCUGCCAGCCUACUAUGGCAUCUUGCGUAUGUGCUGCGAACAGUCUCCCAAUUUUACCAGACAACUUGCCUCCCACCAAAACAUUCAAUGGGCUUUCAAAAAUCUAACACCACAUGCAAGUCAAUAUCCUGGGGCAGUAGAGGAACUUUUCAAUCUGAUGCAGUUGUUUGUAGCACAGAGACCAGACAUGAGAGAGGAGGAACUGGAAGAUAUCAAACAGUUUAAAAAAACAACUAUUAGCUGUUAUCUUCGCUGCCUAGAUGGCCGUUCUUGCUGGACUACUCUGAUCAGUGCUUUUCGAAUCCUGUUAGAAACGGAUGAGGAUCGAUUGCUAGUAGUUUUUAACAGAGGGCUCAUUCUCAUGACAGAGUCAUUCAACACAUUGCAUAUGAUGUACCAUGAGGCAACUGCUUGCCAUGUAACAGGUGACCUAGUAGAGCUUCUAUCAAUCUUUCUAUCUGUUCUGAAAGCUACACGUCCCUACCUGCAGAGAAAAGAUGUUAAACAAGCCCUAAUUCAGUGGCAGGAAAGAAUAGAAUUUGCACACAAGUUAUUGACACUGCUUAAUUCAUAUAGUCCCCCUGAAUUAAGAAAUGCUUGCAUAGAUGUUUUAAAAGAAUUAGUCCUCCUUAGUCCUCAUGAUUUUCUUCACACAUUAGUUCCAUUUUUACAGCAUAACCAUUGCACUUACCACCAUAGUAAUAUCCCAAUGUCAUUUGGCCCAUAUUUUCCGUGCCGGGAGAAUAUAAAGCUAAUGGGAGGAAAAAACAACAUUCGUCCACCCCGUCCAGAACUUAAUAUGUGUCUUUUACCCUCCAUGGUGGAAACAAGCAAGGGAAAAGAUGAUGUUUAUGAUCGUAUGCUGCUGGACUAUUUCCUCUCUUAUCAUCAAUUCAUUCAUCUUUUGUGCCGAGUAGCUAUCAACUGUGAAAAGUUUACAGAAACAUUAGUCAAACUAAGUGUCUUAAUUGCUUAUGAAGGUUUACCUUUGCAUUUAGCUUUGUUUCCUAAACUCUGGACUGAGCUUUGUCAAUCACAGUCUGCAAUGGCAAAGAAUUGUGUGAAACUCCUCUGUGAGGAUCCAGCUUUCGCAGAAUAUAUUAAGUGCAUCUUAAUGGAUGAGCGAACAUUUAUUAAUAAUAGUGUUGUAUAUAAUUUUUUGACUUGUUUUCUUCUUAAGGUUCAAAGUCAAGUUUUGUCUGGUAACAGUUGUGCAAACCUGAUCAACAUUCUUGUGACUAAUUUGAUCAAUGAAUAUCACAAUAUUGAACCAGAACUUUCAAGCCAAAGAUUGGAAAUCUGCAAAACAAGCAUUGUUCUAAAUGCUGAUUUACAGGCCUUUAUCUUGAUGCUUUCUGUACAUACCCCAAAACAGUUAGACCCUGCUCUCAUCCCUGCCUUACAAGAUUUACUGAAUAAAUGUAGAGCAUGUCUGCAACAAAGAAAUACCCAAGAAUUGGAAUCUAAAGAAGGAAAAUCAAAAGAUGAAGAAGGUGCUACACCAGUGAAAAGGAGACGAGUAAGCAGCGAAGAAGAUCACACCCUUGAAAGUUGUCCCAGUGAAAUGAAGUCUGAACCAAGAGAAGCUCUGACUCCAACUAGUACUUCUGACACUGAAACAAGAGACUCCUCCGUUAUAGAUCCAGGGACAGAACAAGAUCCACCAACUCCUGAAAACAUUUCUGUUAAAGAUGAUAAAAUGGAGUUGUCAUCUUCUGUUUCAGAGGAGACAUUGUUUUGCCCCAAAACCUCUGAGGAGCAUAGUGCAGAAAGUAAAAAAGAAGAUAAACUCAUUAAGGAGGAAGAGGAGGUGCAAAGUUCAAAGACAUCAGAUGUCACUGAAGAAGACCCACAAUUUACAUCUAUUUCAGUUUUUGCUGGACUGACUGACAUGCCAGACUUGAAAGGCUGUGAUAAUUCAAUUUUGACUUUACAAGAUCCAGAGAUCAGUAUAACAGCUAGCUGUGUUCAUUCCAGAGGACUGUUUUCCUUCAUGCAGAAAAAUGACAUUUUGGACACUUUGUGUAGGACUCUUGAAUCAACAAUAGGUGUGGUCUCCAAAUUGUCUGGGAAAGGAAACCGCACUGCUUCUUGACAGUGCUCCUGGGCAUGUAUGCUUUUAAUUCUUUUUAAAAUGCUGUUUUUGUAUACCUUCUGUUUAUUUCUGGCUGUCUCAUCAACUGCUCCAUGCUUUAGUUUUUGUCAAAUUAUCUUUUCUGCUUGAAUGGCAAUAGAUGAAUAUGGCUGAAGAUUUCUGGAAAAAAAUAUCGAAUCCAAUUACAUAUGAAAUCAACUAUAUAUACAGCAUGUCUGUGUGUGUGUGUGUGUAUGUAUAUAUAUAUAUAUAUAUAUAUAUAUAUAUAUAUAUAUAUAUAUAUAUAUAUAUAAAUAAAAGUAUAAUGUGAAUGAUAAAGAAAGUUGCAGCUUUCGCACAUUUUCUAAAAAUUCAAAGUAUAGUGCUUUUUCAUUCUUUUCAUUCAAAGUUAUUUGAAGUGAUUCUUUGUUGAAAGGUUGCCGCAGUGGGAGAAGGUUUACAGAAUUUUACACUUCUCCCUGUCUGUAUGUACUUUAAAUUAAUUGCAUUUUUACUGUGUAUAAUAUGGUGUCCUCUGUGCCAGUUUUGUACUUUACAAAAGAGGCUGAGUGCCUCAUAUUUCUGUGGUUCUUAUUAUCCACAAUACGUUUACUUGUAUAUUAAAUAACCACAAGAAACUUGAUUCUGUUAAGAAUCCUUUCUAAAUGUGGCUUGAUAGUGUAUGAAUGCGUGAGAGCACGGGUGGUAUGAGUGAGUGGGUGUGUACAAGUAUAUGUGUAUAUAUCAUAUAUAUGCGUAUACCGAUAUUAAAUGGUGCUUUAUUAAGCAGGAUACCUGUGAGACAAAUAAAGCACACUUGAUGUAACAAUCUAAGGUUUUUAUUUACUUAAAUACAUUCCUCUAGAUACCAAGCUACCAUUUCCAGUUUGAUUUCCUUGUUGUUUGUUAUGUAAAUAUAUAAAAUUAAGAGAACAUCCAAAAGAACAAUAUAAAGGAAACACUGAAGUCACACUCAUAUAUAGUUUCUUUUACACAUCAGUGACAACCUGCCACCUUAUGAAAUUAAAUGCGUAGUUUUGUGCUUCUUAUAUGUUCAUUCAUUAAGUUUUUUCACGUCAUUUUAAUUAUACACCCUACACAAAAGUAAAAGAAAACUGGUAAAAAAAA